AUGGACGGGGCUGCGGCGCCCGCCGGCGGCCCGCUCGGCUCGGGGCCCCCGCCCGACAGCACGGAGGCCUUCCCGGCGGCGGCGGCGGGCGGCGGGGAGGUGCGGAAGCAGCAGGGGGUGAAGCGCCAUCACCACAAGCACAACCUGAAGCAUCGCUACGAGCUGCAGGAGACCCUGGGCAAGGGCACCUACGGAAAAGUCAAGCGGGCCACCGAGAGGUUUUCCGGCAGAGUGGUUGCAAUAAAAUCCAUUCGCAAGGACAAAAUUAAGGAUGAACAAGACAUGGUUCACAUCCGACGGGAGAUUGAGAUCAUGUCAUCCCUCAACCAUCCUCAUAUCAUCAGUAUAUAUGAAGUGUUUGAAAACAAGGAUAAGAUUGUGAUUAUCAUGGAAUAUGCCAGUAAAGGCGAGCUAUAUGAUUACAUCAGCGAGAGGCGAAGGCUCAGCGAAAGAGAAACAAGACAUUUCUUCCGGCAAAUAGUCUCUGCCGUCCACUACUGUCACAAGAGCGGUGUCGUCCAUCGGGACUUAAAGCUGGAAAACAUCUUGCUCGAUGACAACUGCAACAUCAAGAUUGCUGACUUUGGCCUCUCCAAUCUGUACCAAAAGGAUAAAUUUCUUCAGACGUUCUGUGGCAGCCCACUAUACGCGUCCCCCGAAAUUGUCAACGGGAGACCUUACCGAGGCCCAGAGGUUGACAGCUGGGCUUUGGGUGUGUUGCUUUACACUCUGGUUUAUGGAACGAUGCCUUUCGACGGCUUUGAUCACAAAAAUCUAAUCCGGCAGAUCAGCAGUGGAGAGUACCGUGAGCCAACGCAGCCUUCAGAUGCCCGAGGCUUGAUCCGCUGGAUGCUGAUGGUGAAUCCUGAACGGCGGGCCACCAUCGAGGACGUUGCCAAUCACUGGUGGGUCAACUGGGGCUAUAAGAACAGCGUCUGCGACUGCGAUGCCCUGAGAGACUCCGAGUCCCCGCUGCUGGCCCGGAUCAUCGACUGGCAUCACCGGUCCACGGGCCUGCAGGCCGAGGCCGAGCCGAAGGGCAAGGGCCUGGCCAAAGCCGGGAGCUCAGAAGCACCCCUGGAACGGCAGCGGUCGCUGAAGAAAUCCAAGAAGGAGAAUGACAUCGUGCAGUCCGGCCAGGAGGGCUCGGCGGAAAGCCCGUCCAAGUCUGGCUCCAAGAGGCCCAAGAGCAUCUUGAAGAAGAGGAGCAACAGCGAGCACCGAUCCCACAGUGCCGGGUUCAUCGAGGGGGUGGUCAGCCCCGGGCUCCUCCCCACUGCCUUCAAGCUGGAACAGGAGUUGUGCAGUAGGACCGGGGGCGCCCUGCCGGGGAAGGCCGAGGGGGAUGGCCCAGGCCCACACGGACCCAAGCAGGCAGCCACCAUGCCCAAGAAAGGGAUCUUAAAAAAGACCCAGCAACGAGAAUCCGGCUACUACUCCUCUCCGGAGCGCAGCGAGUCAUCCGAGCUGCUGGACAGCGAUGCCGGACCGGGGGCCGGCGACACCUCCCCUGGGGCGGGAGGCCCCACGAGGUUAGGCUCCCCCAGCCUCGCUUACCGCAGGAAGGGCAUCCUGAAGCACAGCAGCAAGUAUGCCGCCGACGGCAUGGACUCGGCCCCGGUCAGCCCCGACCCGCCCGCGCCGGAAGCGAUGGAGGAGGCGGUCGGGCCGGGGGACGGCCUCUCCCGAAGUUACAGUCGCCCUUCCAGCGUGAUCAGCGACGACAGCAUCCUGUCCAGUGACUCCUUUGACUUGCUGGACUUGCAGGAGAACCGGCCCACCCGGCAGAGGAUCCGGAGCUGUGUUUCUGCCGAGAACGUCCUCCAGAUCCAGGAUUUCGAGGGGCUCCAGAACCGCCCCCGCCCCCAGUACCUGAAACGCUACCGGAACCGACUGGGAGACAGCAGCUUUUCCCUGCUUGCGGACAUGGACGAUGUGACUCAGGUCUACAAAAAAGCUCUAGAGAUCUGCAACAAGCUCAACUAGCCAGCGGGGAGGCUGGGGCGGAUGAGGGCGGGGCAGGACGGGAUCACGUACCUUUAUGGGGGAAGUGAGCUGCCUGGUGACUGGUUGGCUGACAGUGGCGAGGCUCUGGAACCAGCCUGCAAUCGGCUGAUACAAAAAAUCCUACAAGUAGGUCAAGUGGCAUAGACCCUGAAGAAUUAAAAAAUCCACCCGUGA